AUGACUAAAGCCGAGUGGCGUCUAGUCAAAGCUGAUAUCCACGUCUUCGAAAAGCUCAGUGAGAUCCAAUCAGCUCUACGCGUCGCUUUGGUACCAUAUCCCAUAUGGACGGAGCGCCUAACCCACGAGAUGAGUGGUGAUUUUAAAGGUAUUCGCGUAUGGGCAAACGAGCGCCGCAACUUGAAAUGGGUCGAAUUAUUACACGCUAAAUUCAAAAACAUGAAGCGACAUGACUGCAUCCAUAGCCCACUCACAGUCUUCGCCAGCAUAAGCCCUGACAAAGGGGACUCAAUAUACUCCUUCGACUGGCGUUUACGAAGCGCGUUCUAUGGAUUGUCACAGACCGACAGAGUGAGCCGUACGACACGGACAAUGAUAACGGACCUCUGCAGUAAAUAUCUACCGAGGGUCUGGACAUUAACUGAACCCAGUUUAGAUGGACUUCGCAACGACCAGAGGGUAGAAAAACUCGUCCAAAUAGCUGAAAGAGUCUGCAAAUGGAGCAGCGAGGACAAGCAUUUUGUCAAAACCUCGGAAAACUACUCGUCUUCAAUGGAUACUUCCCAAAAUGACCUUAAUCUACACCCUGCCAUCAAACAUCCUCCAGAUUCAGUGUACACUAAUCACGGUGACAUAACACUCACUGCAAUCCAAAUCCCUCCAAAUGAAAUUCUCGAGUUCUAG